CAACCGAAACAGGAUUUAUGUAUACAAGUUAAGUCAAGCUCAUGUCCCUCGGUUUCACUCAAUCACACAAGAUUUUUUUUGUCGCUUGCCGGGCUCGGCCGGUGCCCAUCGGCCCAAUGUCCCACUGGGCUCCGAAGCUUAACUCCGAUAACCAUCAUGUCAACCCCCGGGGCAACAACACGAGCACCGAUAUUUGAUAGUCUGACGCUCAUCAUCACGACGUCACCAACACCCUCGGCCCCCUCUACUGAGCUUCUAGACGCGGUAUUUCAAUCUAUCCGCCUCUGCUGCAGCGACCUGCUGGCAUGUCGCAUCAUCGUUGUCCUCGACACCUUUGAGCGCGUUGGCGAGGUCGCUAGGUUGAAGAAAGGCCAAGUCACGGAAGAAGGAGCGGCGGCGUAUCUCAGAUACAAGGAGAACGUCAAAGACCUGGUGUUGAGAGUAUAUGAUCAACCCGACAGCAAGGAUGAGUUACUCCAAGAGCAAGGAGAAGCCGAGUAUGGCUACAGCGGCCGAGCGGCAUCCGUCACGACAAACUUUGCAACUUACACGGUGAGCCGGACGAAAGACGGACGGGUUUCCUUCGUGGAGCCAUCGGAGAGGCUGGGGUUCGGGCUAGCUGUGCGGACGGCUCUGAGGAUAACGACGACGCCCUACGUGUGGAUCCAUCAGCACGACUGGACAAUCGUCUACGAUAUCCCUGUGGCGUCGAUCCUGGACGUCAUGGAGGCCAACGACACGGAUGAAGAGGGUCCUGUGAAGUACAUCUGCCUACCAUCGGUCCGGAUGCUGCAGUAUGCCGAGAGCGCCCACGGUGUUCCCGACACGAUUGGCGAUACCGAGAGGCGCUUUCAUAGAGGACACAAUCGGACACCGCGCGAGGACGCAGAUGAAGGAGCAGGGUAUGUGGACUCGAUGGGGCUGUUGGAUGUUCUAUCCCGGUCAAGGAAAGCAGCUAUGCCUUAGACAUCUGGACGGACGACGAUGGAGGGGCGCGGAGGCAGAGAUGAACAUGAAAGAGAUAUAUAGACAGACCCAUAGAGAAAGCAAAAUAAGAGGCGCUGAUUAGACUGAAAUCGAUAGUGAGCGUAUUAAAGCAUGCCGCGAAAAAUAUUUGUG